AUGUCCAAGAAGACCUUGGGUCGAACGUCGGGCUCCCUCAAUGCCCCCAUAGCCGCUUUCACCAUGGCCAUCCUCCUCACCACCUACUGCGUCAGCUCCAUCCGCAGCGCUCGUCGCGAAGCCCAGGUUUCGUCGGCGAGUCCUACACCGGCCUCCCGUCCGAGACCUCCCGCUGACCAGCCGGCCUGGGUUCGGCAGGCUCUUGAAGAAAGCCGGGAGUCCGAGCAAGGGAGAAAGAAAGCGUCGAGUUGA